UUACUUUGAUGAAUGCCCAACCAACAACAUGACCAUGUUAGUCAACAUACCACUAUCUCCAAUAAAGCAAAUUAAAGAAAACAACAAAGAAAAGGCAAAGCAAAAGUAAAACAGAACCCACAAUAAACAGAAAAAAUAAAAUCAAGUAUCCUCAUCCUUUAUUUCUUAUCAUCUGUUCCCUUUUUUCUAUCUGAUAUAACCACAUUCCUCUUAGGUAAAUUCUUCUCAUUCCUCUGUUUUCCCCUGUUUUUCCUCUGUUUUCCCCUGUUUUUUCCUCUGUUUCCCCUGUUUCCCCCGCUGUUGUUUUGUUCAUAUUGUUUGAGAUGGGAGAGUGAUCUCAUUUUGGGCCACACAAUUUUUCAUUUUUGUUCAAUCCCAUGUAUAAUAAGAGGCGUUCGGACGACGAAAAAUUGGUUCCAGUAAGUAAUCCUAGAACUUUGGUACCAUAUAUGAGCACUAGGGAUUGUUCUCAAGGAUUUUGCAGUUUUUACUGCCCACAAUGGUGUUACAUAAUUUUCCCUCCACCACCACAAUUUGACUUACCUGAUGAUGAUGAUGAUUCUAGUCCUAAUUUCUCUCCUCUAAUCAUCGCGAUCAUCGGAAUUCUUGCUAGUGCUUUCCUAUUAGUUAGCUACUAUACUAUAAUAUCAAAGUAUUGUGGAAAUUCAAGAAGAAGGGGAAGUCAUCAUCAAGAAGAAUCAGAAUUAGAAGAGGAGAAUCAUGAUCCUUCAAAUCAUGAAGCAUGGAAUGUUAAUGCAGCUGGUGGUUUAGAUGAAGCAUUGAUCAAGUCUAUUACUGUGUUUAAGUACAAGAAAUGUGAUGGAUUAUUGACUGAAGGAACAGAUUGUUCUGUUUGUUUAAGUGAAUUUCAAGAAGAUGAAAGUCUUAGGCUUUUGCCUAAAUGUAGCCAUGCUUUUCAUGUAAUGUGCAUUGAUACAUGGCUUAAAUCUCACUCCAAUUGCCCAUUAUGUCGAGCUCAGAUAACUUUUUCUAAUGCUCCGCCUCCACCAUUACCUCCUCCGGUAAUGGAAGCUCCGCGAGAGAUUGAAACAACUCCACCAAUCCAACCGGAACGUGACAUAGAAAUGGGCAUCAGAGUAGAGGAACCACGAGACGAAGAAGAUGUGACAAACCAAAACCAUAUGAAUCAAGAAGUUAGGAGGAGAUCAUUAUCAAUGGAUUAUGCAUCUCAACGUCGUUUAUCAAUAGCUGAUGUACUAAGAAUUGAUCACGAUGAAUUUCAUGAUUGUGUAACGGGAGAAGAUUGCGAGUUGCAAAGAGAUGUUGGAACAUCAAAACAAGAAAAUAAUGGUGAAGAAAUGAGUAAGGGUGGAAUUAGAAACAAUUCACUAGUACAAUAUUGUCCUAUGAUGAUGAAGAGAUCAUUGUCUAGUGGGAGAUUCUUCUUUACCAAAUGUGGGAGAGGACAAAACAUGCUCACUACUUUGUCAAAUAUUUGAAUAUUUUUGUGUCAAUUUUUAGGAGGAUUUUUGUGUAUGCUAUUCAACAAAGAGUUGAUUAAACAUGAUGAGUUUGAAAGUUUUUUUGAGCUUUUUUGUUCUUUUUUCAUCCACUAUUUUUGAAUGGCUGAGUGAGUGGAUGAUUGUUCUUUACAAAAAUCAAGAGAGAGUUCCAUGUUUUCUUGA